ACCUGACUUUAUUUGAUCCAUCGAAUACACGUACUGGGGAUCCAUUCAUUGACAAGGCUGACACAAAGAACUCUCAUAUUUCCGAAUAGCAGUAGCUAAAGACUAUAACACAACUACUACGAUGCCGUGAGGCAGCAUUUGUAAAGGUAGAGAGACCAAAAAAGAAAAUUCCCCAGCAUGAGAUUCUUUUGGUCGAGACCUCGUUUCCAGCUCUCAUCUUUUUUCUUUUUGGCUCUCUCCACCAUGUCUCCGCAUUGUUCUGCAUUCUGUACAAACCGUCGCCCCAAGCCGUAUCAGCCCUUUCCUUCCCCACUGAGCCGAGCCGCGUGGCUUGUCGUCCUGUUGUGUGGGAACAAGGUAAAGAAAGAUGAAAAUAAUCCGAGUAACCCCCAUCAUUUGUUAUUGUCCUUCAUUUCCAUUAUGCGGCCCAUCCACAUCCAUUCCAGAUGCCUCUCUUAUAUGCCCCGAAAAUGUCCAGCAGUUUGUCGUGAUAUCAUGAAGAGUAUGUCUGGAGAGGAAAAAAAACCAAAAAAAAACCGUGGUUUUCCUGAGAAAAAUGAAUUUGAAACGAGCUGAGCUGAAAAAUGUAUCUUGUUUCUGCUCCCAGUGCUGUGAAUCUUUGGGUCAAGCAGGGUUGCUGAAGAGUACAAGGCGUCUAAGUAAGAAGUGAACAACAAUCGGCCGUUAUCUGAGAGAAAUGCGAAGUGGUGAAAAUGCCAGUCUGCCAAAAGAGUCAAAAGCGGCAGAAGGUGUAUAGCGGACU